AGGUCGAGCCACCCUCUGCUCAGCAAGUCCCUGGCGAUGGAGCAGAUGAAGGGGUCAGCCGUGCUUCUGCUGGAGCUGCUGAUUCUUGGGGGCCUGAGAGCAGGGAAGGGCUCUGCCGUCCUGGGCACCCUGGAUCUACAAAUAGACGAGGAGCAGCCAGCUGGCACCAUCAUUGGGGACAUCAGUGCUGGCCUGCCCCCUGGGACUAGUGCCUACAUGUAUUUCAUCUCAGCGCAGGAGGGCAGCGGUGUCACCACCGACCUGGGGAUAGACGAGAACACUGGGAUCAUCAAAACAGCCCGUGUCCUGGACCGGGAGACUCGGGACCACUACAGCUUCAUAGCUGUCACCCCAGAGGGCAUCACGGUGGAAGUUAACAUCCAAGUGAACGACAUCAAUGACCACGCUCCAGCCUUUCCCAAACAACACAGCACCUUCCAGAUCCCAGAGCACACACCCAUUGGCAGCAGGUUUCCCUUGGACCCAGCCUUUGAUGCUGACAGCGGCCUGCUCAACACACAAGGCUAUGUGAUUAAGGGAGACAAUGUGGGGCAGGCCUUCCGCCUAGAAACACGCCGAGGGCCUAAUGGGGUCCUGUAUUUGGACCUAGUGGUCAGCAACGUUUUGGAUCGGGAGAACCGUUCAUCAUACUCGCUGCUGUUGGAAGCCUAUGAUGGUGGCUCUCCUCCCCGGAGCACCCAGAUGACGCUGGAUGUGUCCAUCCAGGACAUCAAUGACAAUGCUCCUACCUUCAACCAGAGCCGCUAUCAUACUCUGAUCUCAGAGAACCUGAAACCUGGCAGCAGCAUCCUGCAGGUCUUUGCCUCUGAUGCAGAUGAAGGUGACAAUGGGGAUGUGAUUUAUGAGAUCAACCGGCGGCAGAGCGAUCCUGACCAGUACUUCAUCAUUGACUCCCGGACUGGAGUCAUCAAGCUCAACAAGGGUCUGGACUAUGAAGUGAGGAAAGUGCAUGAGCUGGUGGUGCAGGCAAGGGAUAAGGCCGUCCAUCCUGAGGUCACCACAGCCUUUGUCACUAUUCAUGUACGUGACUACAAUGACAACCAGCCCACCAUGACUAUCAUCUUCCUGAGUGAAGACGGGUCCCCUCAGAUCUCCGAGGGGGCCCAGCCUGGCCAGUAUGUGGCUCGCAUCUCUGUUUCCGACCCAGACUAUGGCGAGUACUCCAAUGUCAACGUCACACUGGAGGGAGGGGAUGGCAAGUUUGCCCUCACUACCAAGGACAACAUAAUCUACCUGAUCUGUGUGGACCAGCUUCUGGACCGAGAAGAAAGAGACUCCUAUGAUUUGCGGGUGACAGCUACUGACUCAGGAACACCCCCGCUCCGGGCAGAAUCAGCCUUUGUGCUGCAGGUGAUGGAUGUCAAUGACAACCCUCCACUCUUUGACCAGCAGGAGUACAAGCAGAGUAUCCCUGAGGUUGUGUACCCGGGCAGCUUUGUCCUGCAGGUGACAGCUCGUGACAAGGACCAGGGUCCCAACGGGGAGGUGCGGUACAGCAUCGUGCAUGGCCGUGACACCCACUCCAGCUGGUUUGCCAUCGACCCUGCCACAGGUAUCAUCACCACUGCUGCCCCCCUGGAUUAUGAGAAAGACCCUCAGCCUCAGCUGACCGUGCUGGCCACAGACAGGGGAACCCCUGCCCUCUCCUCUUCAGCUGUGGUGCGCGUGGCCCUGCAGGAUGUCAAUGAUAAUGAGCCAGUGUUCAGGAGCAAUUUCUACAAUGUGUCUCUGAAGGAGAACACCCCUGUCGGGACCUGCUUCUUACAGGUGACAGCCACAGAUGCAGACAGUGGCACAUUUGGCUCCCUGUCCUACUCCAUUGGCUCUGGCAUCGGCAGCGUUUUCCCCACGCAGUUCAGCAUCGACAAGCAGACCGGGCAGCUCUGCACGGCGCAGCCCCUGGACCGCGACGAGGGCACAUCAGCCUUCGACUUCACCAUCACUGCUGUGGAUGGGGUGGGUGCUGGGGGUGAGGGGGGGAAGCUGCUGACUCACUUCUCCCUCAACAAGGACACAGGUGUCAUCUCCCUCUCAUGGUCCCUGAGUGGUAAAGCCAACACCCUGGUGCAGCUGGUGAUCUCUGCACAAGAUGGUGGGGGCCUCCAGGCACAGCCCAACGCCCGGGUGAACAUCAGCAUCGUGGAGGGCACGGUCUCACCCCCCGUCUUUGAGCAAGCUCAGUACUUCUUCACAGUACCUGAGGACGUGCUGCAGGGUGCCAGCGUGGGGGCUGUCCGGGCCCAGAACCCCCCAGGUCAUGCUGAUGACAUCUUUUAUUCCAUCUCCUCGGGGGACCCUUAUGGCUACUUUUCCAUUGACUCUGCAACCGGGCAGCUCCACACCAGUCUGGCUCUCGACCACGAGUCCCAGGCAGUGCUGGUUCUGGACAUCCAGGCCCGCAGUGGUUCCCCUCCCGCCUACAGCAACACGCGGGUGAAGAUCUCCGUGUUGGAUGUGAACGACAAUGCGCCAGCGUUCCCAGCCCCCUCUGACUCCAUUCUCCUACCAGAGGCCACGGAACCUGGGACCACAGUGUACACUGUGCAGGCCGAGGACCGUGACAGCGGGGCCAAUGGGCAGGUGACUUUUGAGCUGGUGUCAGGAGGUGAUGGUGCCUUCAGCGUGGAGCGCUCCUCGGGGGCCGUGCGGCUGGUCGGGGCCCUGCAGUAUGAGGCCAGCGCUGCCUACGGGCUGGCCAUUGUGGCCCGGGAUGGCGGUGUCCCCCAGCUCAGCUCCACCUUCUCGCUGCUGGUGCAUGUGCAAGCAGAGCACGACGACGGGCCCAUCUUUGACACGCUCACCUACCGUGUGGAGGUGGAGGAAGGAGCGCCCAUCUCCUCCCGCUUCCUGCAGGUGCGGGCGCUGGCGCGCGAGGCCGAGCCCCUGCCCCUCACCUACCACCUGCGUGCGGACGGGGACGCCGCCAGCUUCGGCAUCGUGCCCGAGAGCGGCUGGGUCCACGGCAAAAGCCGCGAGACACGGGACCUGUAUGUGCUGACAGUGCUGGCCUCGGCUGGGGGCGGCGCAGCAGCGGGGGAGGCCCGGAAAACAGGCACCAGCACCGUGCGGAUCAGCAUCACGGACGAGAACGACAACAGCCCCCGGCUGAGCGAGGAGCGGUACUUCUUCACUAUCCCUGAGAACCAGGCUCCUGGCAGCAGCGUGGGGAGGGUGAUGGCCAGUGACCGGGACGCUGGGCAGAACAGCCGGCUCAGCUACCGCCUGCUCCAGCACGACCCCAACUUCCUGAUCCACACACAGACAGGGGAGCUUAGCACCAAGCACAGCCUGGACCGGGAGCAGCAGUCCAGCUACCAGCUGCUGGUGAUCGUGCAGGAUGGGGGAGCACCGCCCCGCAGCACCACGGGAACCAUCUAUGUGACUGUGUUGGAUGAGAAUGACAACACUCCUGCCUUCCUCCACGUGGGCAGUGGCCAGGAGCUGCCUGUGCAGGUGCUGGAAGAGAAACCGUCAGGACUUCUAGUCGCCUCCUUGCAGGCCAAGGACCCCGACGAGGGUGAGAAUGGGACCAUCGUCUACUCGCUGAUAGGAGCCUGGGCAGAGCGUUUCACGCUGCACGUGGCCACCGGGGAGCUGCGGACGGCCGCGGUGCUGCGCCGUGCUGAGCGCGCCGAGUACCUGUUCACCGUCACCGCCAGCGACCGGGGCGUGCCCCCGCGCAGCACGGCCGCGAGCCUCCGCCUGCAGGUGCUGCCAUCCUCCCGGGUGCUGCCACGGCCAGAUGCCACCGUCCUGACCCUGCACCCGCUCGAGGGGGUCAGGCCAGGGUCUGUUAUCGGCUCAGUGGCCCCCCCGGACGCCCCCACACGAGGACAGCUGACCUACACGCUGGUAGGAGGUGGUGGGGAUGGCACCUUCGUGGUUGACAGUGUGACAGGGGAGAUUUACGCUGCCCGAGAGCUGGACUACGAAGCAGGGGCCCGGCACGUGCUGCAGGUGAGCGCGGAGGACACGCAGCAUGGGUACCCAUCCAGCCGGCUGGGGCUGGUGCACAUCCACGUGCAGGACUGCAACGACCAGGCGCCCACCUUCCCUGAAGACCCCAUCACCAUCGUGGUGCCCGAGAACACCCAGGCCGGCGCCUCCAUCUUCACCUUCCAGGCGCUGGAUGGGGACGGUGUGGGUCCCAACAGCCAGGUGCGCUACGCCCCUGCCUCCUUCCUCCUGGUGGUGGAGGCCACAGACCAGGCCCGCAACAUCAGCCAGCGCCGCUCGGCCGCCGUCACCGCCCGCGUCUUUGUCACUGACGAGAACGACAACGCACCCGAGUUCCUCUCUCCCGCGGCCGUCAGUGUCAUGGAGGACCAGCCCACAGGCUUCGUGGCCCUGCACGUGGUGGCCCAGGACAGUGAUCUGGGAGAGAACGGGCGUGUGAGCUACUCGCUGCGAGCAGGCAACAGUGAUGGCCGCUUCCACCUGAACCCCAGCACUGGCGCGCUCUCCAUCGUGCGGGCCCUGGACCGGGAGGAGGUGGCACAGCACAACCUGACAGUGGUGGCCACGGAUCACGGCUUCCCACGCCGCUCCGCCAGCCAGCUGCUGGCUGUGCUGGUGCUGGAUGUCAACGAUGAGGCUCCCACUUUUGAGAAACCCGAGUAUGAAGCGCUCAUCAUGGAGAACCUGCCAGCUGGCAGCCCUGUGCUGCAGGUGCUGGCCACAGACCGGGACCUGGGUGCCAAUGGGCAGGUGUCCUAUGGGGGUCUCUCUGGGGGGCCGUUCUCCAUCCACCCACAGACGGGGCUGAUUGUCACCACACGAGCCCUGGACCGUGAGGAGCAGGAGCAGCACGUGCUGACAGUCUAUGCCCGGGAUGGGGGCCUGCCCCCCAACCUCUCCAAGGCCACUGUGCGCAUCACAGUGGGGGAUGAGAACGACCACACACCAGAGCUGGAGAGUGAGUCCUGCUCCGUGGAGGUCCCGGAGAACCAGAGCCAUGUGGCACUCUACACCCUGCGGGCCACCGAUCCCGAUGGAGGCGAGAACGGGCGCUUGGAAUACCAGCUGACAGAUGGAGACCCUGGGCAGGAUUUCAGCCUAGACCCAGUCUCUGGUGUCCUCUCCACUGCACAAGCCCUUGACCGUGAGCAAGUUGCUUCCUACAGCCUCACAGUGGUGGUGCAGGACCACGGCACCCCCCCGCGCAGCGCCACCAUGUCAGUGACCGUGCGAGUGUUGGACCUGAAUGACAACGCACCCAGCUUUGCUCAGCCCAGCUACGCGGUGGAGGUGCCCGAGGACCUGCCCGUCGGUGCCCUGGUGCUGCAGCUGGAGGCUGAGGACCCUGACGAGGGCACCAACGGGCAGGUCUCUUACUACCUGGGCAACGAGUCGCUUGGCAUGUUCCAGGUGGAGCCGCAGAGUGGGCGUGUCAGGAGCGCGCAGGCACUGGACCGGGAACGCUGCCCCGGCUACAGCUUCCUGGCCAGGGCGGUGGACUCGGCGCCCUCGGAGCCCCGGAGUGCGGCCGUGCGUGUCACUGUCACCGUGCGGGAUGUCAACGACCACAUCCCUGCCUUCCUGCACAGCCCCCUCACCGUCAGCCUGUCCCGCCACACACCGCUCAAGCAGGUGGUGGCCACCAUGAGGGCCGAGGACAGGGAUGCAGGUGCCAACGCCUCCAUCCUGUACCGCCUGGCCACCCCCAGCUCUGCCUUCGCCAUCAACUCCUACACCGGGGAGAUCCAGCUGCUGCAGCCCCUGGGCUCGCUCAGCCAGCGCCAGCGCACGCUCUUCAUCCUGGCCACAGACCUGGGGCAGCCGGCGCUCUCCUCCACCGGCGUGGUGGUGAUCCAGGUGCAGGAGGAGCCCUACCAGGGGUUGCGCUUUCCCCGCAGCACCAGUGAGGUGGCUCUGCCAGAGAACGCUGCCCCAGGCACUGCUGUUGUGAGCAUCCAGGCGGUUCACACCGGGGGCUCCUCAGGGCACAUCACCUACAGCAUCGUCAGCGGCAACGAGAAGAACACCUUCCUUAUCCAGCCCAGAUCAGGUGCCAUCUCAGUCCAGGACUCCAGUAGCCUGGAUUUCGAGGCCAGCCCCCGGCUGCGCCUGGUGGUGCAGGCAGAGACAGCAGCUUCCUUUGGCUUCAUGGCCAUCAACCUCAACCUGCAGGACGUGAACGACAACCUGCCACGCUUCCAGCUGCAGAACUACGUGGCCUUCAUCUGGGAGUCCCAGAGCUAUGACUCGCCCGUCAUCCAGGUCCUGGCAGAUGAUCUGGAUCAGGGAGCAAAUGGGCAGGUGACUUAUGGCAUCAACCAGUCCCUGCCCAUGGCAGGGCUGUACCACAUCGACCCCCAGACCGGAGCCAUCACUACUGCUGCCAUCCUGGAUAGGGAGAUCUGGUCCCAGACCCGCCUGGUGGUGACAGCGAUGGACAGAGGGAUUCCUCCACUGGUGGGCUCUGCCACACUGACUGUUGUGGUGAUGGACAUCAACGACAACAGCCCCACCAUCCCCUUCCCCUGGGAGGUGCGGGUCCCAGAGAACACACUGCUGGGUACCCAGAUCGCCCAGCUGACUGGGAACGACGUGGACUCGGGCCCCGCGCUGUCCUACUGGCUGGUGCCGGGGGGUGACGGGGGGGGCAGGUUCUCGGUGCUGCGCUUCGGGGGGCGCCUGGCGCUGGCGGCGCCGCUGGACCACGAGCAGAGCAGCCGCUACAGCCUCACCCUGCGCGCCUCCGACGGCCACCACCACACUGAAGCCAACCUCACCAUCCUCGUGGAGGAUGUCAACGACAAUGCACCCAUCUUCAGCCAGGGCUUCUACCAGGUGGCAGUGCCAGAGCACACAACUGCAGGCAGCAGCAUCCUCACCGUGAGCGCAUCUGAUCCGGACUCUGGAAGCAACGGGGAUGUCACCUUCCACCUGGCUGUGCCCAGCCCUGACGUUGCCAUCGACCCCAGCAACGGCACCCUCUUCACCAUCCGUCAGGUGGAAUUCAAUGCCAGCCAGCCCACCCUGGAUCUGGUGGUGGAGGCCCGUGACCGUGGCUCUCCCAGCCUCUCAUCCUGGGCCACAGUGCAGCUCCAGGUGCUGGAUGUGAAUGACCACAGCCCCAGCUUCCAGGCGCCAUGCUACAAUGCCAGUGUCCCCGAGGACCUGCGCCCUGGCACCACAGUGCUGACACUGGAGGCAGGCGACGCCGACCUCUCCCGGGAGAAUGCUGGCUUCGACUACACCAUCGUCAGUGGCAACAGCGGCAACGCGUUCCAGGUGGAGAGCAGGGUGGCCUGGGCAGGGGGGCACCUCCGCACGCAGGGAGCCCUGGUGCUUGUGGAGCCCUUGGACUUCGAGGCCAUCCCGGUCUACAAUCUGACUGUGGCAGCCUCGGACCGGGGCCUGCCCCAGCGCAGCACCACAGUGCCGGUGCUGAUCACGGUGCAGGACAUCAACGACAACCCGCCAGUGUUCAGCCGUGCCGAGUACCGUGCUGCUGUGAGCGAGAGUGCACCGCCGGGCACGGAGAUGCUGGGGCUCUCCCAGCUCCAUGAAAGCACGGGGGCCCUGUGCCUGGCGCGGCCACUGGACCGGGAGGCACAGGCGCUGCACACCCUGGUGGUGCAGGCCACCGACCUGCCCGGCGGGCACUUUGCACUGGUGCCUGUGGCCAUCGAGGUGAAGGAUGUCAAUGAUAACAAGCCCUACUUCCCAGUGGAGGUGCUGAGCGCCAGCAUGCGGGAGAACCUGCCUCCUGGCACUCUGGUCACCACACUGCGCGCCAUCGACGCAGACAGCGGUGUGUUUGGGGAGCUGCGGUACACGGUGCUGGAGCAGCUGGUGGGGCAGCCCGGCAUGGCAGAAGGCCGGGACGCCUUCGCCAUCAACAGCAGCUCUGGGGAGCUGCGCUCCCGACUUACCUUUGACUACGAACGAGCCAAAGCCUUCCAGCUCCUGGUCAGGGCCACUGACACUGGCAAUGCCUCUGCCACUGUGACCGUGCGGGUGCUGGUGACAGGGGAGGAUGAAUAUGAUCCCAUCUUCCUGAGCCCCUCCUUCAACUUUGAGGUCCCGGAGGGUGCCCGCAAAGGGCAUAGCAUUGGCCGGGUGCUGGCCACGGAUGAGGACGAAGGGGCUGAUGGCGUCGUGCUGUACUCACUGGCAAAGCCCUCGCCAUACUUCGCCAUUAACCAAACCACAGGCACCAUCUUCCUGCGUGUGGACAGCCAGCCCCAGGCCGCUUACAACUGGGAUUACCUGCUGAAUUGGUGCCCCCAGUUCCAGCCGCUGGCCAGCGUCUUCACCGAGAUUGCCCGCCUCAAGGAUGAGAGCUCCCUGCGCAAGCCCUUCCCGACCAAGCCCAAGGCAGAGCCCAAGCCCCGCAUUGACCCCCCGCCCCUCAUCACCUCAGUGGCCCACCCGGGUGCCAAAUCUGUGCCCCCCAAGCCGCCACCAGGCAGGACCUUCCCGCUCCCGUCCACCCUGCGCCGCUCGCCCAUCAGCCACGAGGGCUCCAUCUCGUCCUCUGCCAUGUCGCCCAGCUUCUCCCCCUCGCUGUCCCCGCUGGCUGCCCGCUCCCCCGUGGUCUCGCCCUUUGGCAUCUCACAGGGGCCUUCCGCCUCCGCCAUCAGCGCUGAGCACUCACUGGAGCCGCCCGAGGAGGCCGAGCUCAGGAUUUAG